UAUACAAUAUGAAACGGAUUCUCAAGGAAACAGAGGGUCAGUUUUAUUCAACAAAAAAAACAGUAAAAAUUAUGGACAGAGCGAAGGUAGCAGUGUUAUUGUGCUUUUUAAUUCUGCAUCCUGCAAGUUCAUUGCAAGAUGAACCAAUGUUUCCCACCAAAUUCCAAUAUGACGAACAGUUGCUUGAAAAGGUGAUUCGUAUGGAGCUUAAGUUUGAAGAAUAUGAGAAGAAAUUGGAUAACGCUAUUGAACUGUUGAACAAAUCUAUAUUGGAUGUUAACAAGUCGAUUGUUGAUGGAACAGAUGAACUGAAAGAGCUGGAAUCGCAGAUUGAACGAAAACAUGAGCAGAUAGAAUCAACAGUGAACGGGAAGCUACAAGAGUUCGAUCACCUUGCAGACGAGCUGAGGAUCCCGAACGUAUUUUUCCGCGCUGAAUAUCCUACCGACCUCAGCAACCCAAACCCGAUAGUGUUCACAAAGACGGUGUAUGAUUUUGGGAACGGAUAUGACAACGUCACCGGCGUGUUCACAGUUCCCGUCGACGGGACGUACCUAUUUACUAUGCAUCUUUGUUCUCAUGCAGGAAAAGAUAUCCAUUAUCGAUUGACCAUUGACGACGAAGACCAUCUCGGAGGGAGGAAUUUCAAUACCGGCUCACACGUUUGCACCUCUGCAGAUGUCAUUGCGCCCUUGAAGACCAACAGCAAGGUGUUUGUGAAAUCAUCGCAAUCUAGCGAUGUUCUGUACGAGGAUGGGUCUUAUAGAAGAAAUAUCUUCUCGGGGGUUCUACUUCACAAAUGAAAACUUUCUAGAAUACUUGUAUCGAAACUACUUGAGAAAUAAAGUUCUUUACGGCGGCUGCAAAAAUACUUAUUCAAUAUCGCCGACUAACUCUAUAAUAUAGUUUUUUAUUUCAUUUUUAUGUCACGGUUGAAACAUUCGUCGGACGUCUAAUGUAACACAGAAACUGCAUUUGUUUUGAAUAAAGGCGUUCUAUUGUGUUAA